CUUCAUUACACAUUUUCAAAUGUUUUUGUGUUUUUUUUGCGACGUUUUUGUCGGAUAAACCUGAGUCAAUGGAAAAUAAACCUGUUGAUUGGGACAAAUGAGAGACAUCAAUAGUACAUGCUAAAGAAACUACAUUUGGGAGGAGUCCCACAUAUUGGAGUUGUGUCUGACACCUGAAACUUUACUUGUGUUCGAGACUCAGCAAACCGCCACUCAAUGGGGAAAACAGAGGGGCUCGAGGAAACGGUCGAGGAAGAAGUCAAUGCGCAACAAUGAGUCUGGACAAAAUCUCAAAGUGAUAGAUAAAUAAGGGAAAGUAGGUUUUACAAUCCACAACGUGGUAGUUUACAUUUCUUUUUUUAGAAACGCAGUGGCCAUUGGAAACGUUGCUGUGCAGCGCAAUGGCUACCCAGUGCGACUCUCUGAGCGGAUACUUGCAACAGUCGGACCAGGGCUCAAAUAGCGAGCGUAGUACUGACUCUCCGGUCCCCGGGUCCGAGGAUGACUUGAGCGGACCCCAUGCCUUACCAGACCCGGAGUGGACGGAGGAGAGAUUUCGAGUGGACCGCAAGAAACUGGAAAUCAUGUUAUUAGCGGCCGCUGGGGGACGAGUCAAUGGUGGCGAGGAUUUCUUUCAGAAGGUCAUGGAUGAAACCAAAACACAGAUAGCGUGGCCUUCCAAAUUGAAGAUCGGAGCCAAGUCCAAAAAAGAUCCGCACAUUAAAGUUUGUGGAAAGAGAGACAAUGUGAGGGAAGCCAAAGACCGAAUCAUGUCAGUCCUCGACACAAAGCAGACUAACAGGGUAACCCUUAAGAUGGACGUGUCCCACACAGAGCACUCCCACGUCAUUGGCAAGGGAGGCAACAACAUCAAGAAGGUGAUGGAGGACACGGGUUGCCACAUCCACUUCCCCGACUCCAACCGCAACAAUCAGGCGGAGAAGAGCAACCAGGUGUCCAUUGCAGGUCAGCCAGGAGGGGUAGAGGCAGCUCGGGCCAAAAUUAGGGAGCUGCUCCCUCUAGUUUUGUCGUUUGAGUUGCCGGCCAUCGUGCAGCCUGACCCAGGCUCCCCCACAGUGCAGCACAUCUCCCAGACCUACAACCUCACCGUAUCCUUCAAGCCCCCCACACGUCUCUACGGGACCACCGGAGUGGUCCGCGGCUCCCAGAAUAACUCUAGUGCCGUCAAGAGGGGCACUGCCAUGCUGCUGGAGCACCUGGCGGGAAGCCUUGCAAGUGCCAUCUCAGUCAGUACCCACCUGGACAUCGCCCCUCAGCACCACCUCUUCAUGAUGGGCCGCAACGGCAGCAACAUUAAACACAUCACCCAGAGAACAGGAGCCCAGAUCCAUUUCCCCGACCCUAACAGCCCCCAGAAGAAAUCUACUGUCUACAUCCAGGGCACCAUCGAGUCUGUCUGCCUGGCGCGCCAGUACCUCAUGGGCUGCCUGCCCCUGGUGCUGAUGUUUGACAUAAAAGAGGACAUUGAGGUGGAGCCCCAGUGUAUCACAGCUCUGAUGGAGCAGCUGGAUGUCUUCAUCAGCAUCAAGCCCAAACCAAAGCAGCCAAGCAAGUCUGUGAUAGUAAAAAGUGUGGAGCGGAAUGCAGUGAACAUGUACGAGGCCCGGAAGUUUCUGUUGGGUCUGGAGAGCAACGGGGUGACAUCAGCGAUGUCCCCCUCCACCAACGGCCCCACCCUCAUCUGUCCUGUCGGCCUGGACAUCCUGGCCUCUGCUGGCCUGGGGCUGAGUAGCCUGGGCCUCCUAGGUGCAUCAGUGCCCCAUUCUCUCAGUAGCUCCCCGGCUCCAAACUCUGUUCUCAACAGUCUGAACUCUUCCAUGAGCCCUAUGCAGAAUCCCAGCCCCAGCACCCCGUCUCCCUCCUCCUCACUGUGGCCCAGCUCUCUCACCAGCACCCAAGGCUUCUCGUCUCAGUUGAUGAUGCACCCUGUAGCCCAGGCCACUCUGAGCAGUAUCCUGCUCUCUGGAGUCCAGGGGUACACCCAGAACACCCCCUCCCCUCCCCCUGGGCUUUCCCCUAUCGACAAGCAGACCAACGGGGUCCCUGACUGCUCCAAAGGCCCCUGUACCAUCAAUGGACAUGUCAAGCAUCCUAGCUCAGUCUAUGGAAGGAUGUCCAGUGCGUCACUGGCAGACACGGUUCUGAACCCCAACCAGUGUGACUCGGUCCAGGAGGCCAGCGGACACAACCCGUCAGAACCCCGCUCCAGCAAGUCCAACCAAGACCAAGGCUCUGACACCUUUGUGGAAGUGGGCAUGCCCAGAAGCCCAUCUCACUCAGCAAAUGGAAACGAGCUGAAACAGAUGCUGGCUUCCUGUAAGACGUCAGGGAAACGGCAGGCGGUGGAGCUCCUCCAGGGGACCAAGAACUCCCAUCUCCAGUAUGUCUGUCCAGAGCUACACUCAGACUGCUUGCUGUCAGACCCAGAGUCGAGUGCUUCAGACAGCCCAGUGACAGAUAAGAGGGCACCGGGCAGUGAGCGGGCAGCAGAGAGGGCAGCACAGCAGAACGAGAGGGACAGAAUCCGCUUGGCACCACAUUCUUCCUUUGCCAACAUGCAGGGCCAACUAGAGGCGCUUGAAUAUGAACAGAAAAAGCUGUUAGCAACCAAGGCCAUGUUGAAGAAGCCUGUUGUGACUGAGGUGCGGACCCCCACUAACACGUGGAGUGGCCUGGGUUUCUCCAAGUCUAUGCCAGCAGAGACCAUCAAGGAGCUGCGCAGGGCCAACCACGUGCCCUACAAACCCACCAUGAGUACCACCUACGAAGUAAACUCCGACUAUGAGGGCUCCCCUCUGUCUCUUUCCCGCUCCGGCAGCAGAGAGGGGGUGGGCAACGGCAGUGACUCUGACAACUGGAGAGACAGGAAUGGGGGUGGGAACUGUCUUCCCAGCCACGCCGAAUUCCCAGUGUCUGUUUGCAGUCCUAAGAGGAAGCAGAACAAAUCCGCUGCAGAGCACUAUCUGAGCAGCAGUAACUACAUGGACUGUAUCUCCUCGAUCACCGGGAGCAACGGGUGCAGUCUCCAGUCCUCUCUGAAAGGGUCGGACCUCCCGGAGCUGUUCAGCAAGCUGGGCCUGGGGAAAUACACAGACGUGUUCCAACAGCAGGAGAUCGAUCUCCAGACCUUCCUCACUCUUACAGACCAGGACCUGAAAGAGCUGGGCAUCACCACAUUUGGAGCACGCAGGAAAAUGCUGCUUGCCAUCUCUGGUGUGAAUGACUACGAACUGAACAAGAACCGAAGGAAGCUGUUUGAGGCUCCUAUCAGAUCCUCCUUCCUGGAAGGGGGAGCCAGCGGUCGUCUGUCUCGUCAGUUCCAUGCUGACAUGGCUAGUGUCAGUGGUCGGUGGUAGAGCUCCACUCCGCCAGGACUUAACACGACAGAGAACCAGCCUUCAGUGCCUCUCUUUGGGCUUCUGUAGGCCAGUCUCCAGCCUAGCUGGUUCUCAGUUGUCCACCCUCCAGCUUAUGCUGAACAAUAACUAUUCAACUCUUUUUUUUAUUUUUUUUAUUUUUAAGGCCAUAACAAGAAGCCAUAGUUUAACCAGAAGUGCCAAAAAAAGAGAAGAGCCAUCUGUGGUAUAGAAAAUCCAGUGUUCACUCCACAUAGUGGUUAGAUGUUUCUGUGGAGUAUCUAUGCAUGAAGGGUAUUUUACUAAUUAUGAAGGACAGGUACUGCCCAGUAGUUGUCAAUUUUUGUUAAAGGGAACAGGCCAAAUGAUUAGUACAAAAUAAUUACAUUGAUACUGCAUUCGUAGUAUGCUGUUUUAUCAAUGACAUGCACUUUAACAAUUUUGCCUGUGAAAGCCUAAUUCCUCAUAUUGGAAUACCUAUGCAUUUUGUAUUAACUCAAAGCACAGAUGUAUUUGUACCAAGCCAAAUGUAAGCACUUAGUGAGAUGGGGAAAAGAAGUCAAUAAAGUGACAUCAACAACUAAACGCAGAACCUAGUGGAUUGACCUUGGACCCCUCAGUGUUUUGAUUGAUUGACAUUCCACGAAGGUCAGUGUUGUAUCCACCAGCAGCUGCUGUAGUUGGGCUACAGUCUGUAUGUCAUAUGUAUUUAGAAAAGUAUUAUUUUGUAUUCACAUUAUUAUUUUUUUAUCUUUCUGAGGUAAUAAUCAGUUUCAUGUAUUCUUUUAUGUUUUCAUUACUUUAUACAUUCACAAAUGAGUUCCUGUGGUUUCUAAUUAGUUCGUUAUUAGUCUCUUUUGAUAAUUACCUUUACCCCAUAAUCUUUGGUGCCGUCAGGCUGUGUCAUGAGACUGCAGCAGAGGAAGAGAGCAGUCUGUCAAAACAGCAGGCCCCUCUCUCUGAUUCUGUUUUUUGGCCUCCUGUGGUUUUCUUAGUCAUUGUCAUUUUGUCUCCUGUAGUCAUGUCAAUGGUCUUUGUCAGUUAGUCUUUCUGUGGUCUAUAUUCUGUCUUGAAACCUAUGUGUUCCUCUAUCUAUUCAGGAGACAUGUCCUUAUUCCCAGACUGUGUGCUUUUAUCUUUCCUUACACUUUAUCCGCUUUUAGAGCUGCGGACAGAGAAGCGACCUACUACAGUGUCGAAUGCCUCCACACUACUACAGUGUCAAAUGCCUCCACACUACUACAGUGUCGAAUGCCUCCUUUACUUUUCUCUCUAAGCUGCUCAGCAGGGAACUGUUUCUAUUAGAAUAUAGCUAUUUGGACUGACACUACCUCUCACCUAGGAGGGAACUCGCACCAUAGGUGUAAACUCAACUUUAUUUCAUAUGACAGCCCCUAGCCUAGACACAUUUCUACAUUUACCAAGAUUGUGUCCUCAACAUGUUUUCUAGCUUAAAUUAAGAAUAGUGGAAAUAUACCAUUUUCAGGAUCAGUUGUGCAAUUAGAUAUCUGGGAUUCUUGUAAAGCUAUAUUUGAUGAAGUAACAGGAUUAGGUGUGCCGUGGUGCUGCUUAUCAUCAAAGGACGAAGUCACUCUGAUCUCUGUAUAAUGUUCAUGGAAAACCAGUAUUCUCAUACCCUUUUGUUAACGCUGUCUGACUCUGGAAGGUUUUGGCUGUAACUGUUUUAGAUUGAACCCCCAUAUUAAACCUGGAAGUUGAUAGUCUUUGUGCAUUCUAUCAUAUAAGACUGUUAGUUUGAAGUACUCUUCAUUUGCAGAAUGUUUGUUGGUAGAUGGUACUGCAUUUGACGGACAAUGCAGUGAACUCUAUGUAGAGCCCAAAGUGAAAAACUAAAUCUUGAAGUUAAAUGACAGUAGGUACAGAAUGCUGAAGCAGAUGUAGAGAGAACAUUUCAAAGCAACUUACAUGCCAAAGCUUUGUUUCCACACAACGGCAACAUCACUGGCAGCAGACGUCUUAGCAUCAACCAUUCUGUAAUCACGCACAGAGAGAAGUCACUUGUUUCUCAUGUUGCAUGCUUUUUCUCAUGAAGAUCUUUUGUAUCCUGUGUUUACGCCAUACCAGUUCUUCUAACUGAUUUGUACCCAUGUCACUAUCGUAUCAAUAGGAUAUCCUGACUUGGUUGUCAUUUCUGACCAGUAGUGUGUCAUUUUCUUUGAAAUCUUGAAAAGACAGGAUAUUAAAAGGGAUUUGUUCCACCAAAAAUAUGGGUUGUGUUCAACCCUUUAUCAUGGUACUAUAUUGAAGCUGUUCAGCAUUGAUUAUGUCAGUGCAGUUAUGUUGAGCCAUGGUAGCUACCCUGCAAACCAGACAAUGUUUUUUUUUUUGUUUUUUUGCUUCUGUAAAGUUAAGCCUGCGGUCAUUUGUGUGCUUCGAGGGUAAUAGAGAUGUCUGUCAAGUGAAUGUUGUUAGUGAGAAUUAUUGCUUUUUUAUCUGGUUUAAUGAGUCAUUUGCAAUCAAAGUUUACCACCAGCCUCCUGUCCCUACACUUAUUAUGUCUUAAAUGUUUGUGUUUAGUUCCUGUUAUUCCCAAAGGGAUACAUUUGAAGGGUCUACUUUAUACUGAGUUGGAUGAAAUGGUACAACAUUUAUAAUGAAUGUAAACCACUAAGGAAUUGAUGUAUGUUUUGCAUCUCUUUUGUAUCCUGUGCAGCCAUGCUUGUUAGCAAUUUAUCUCCAGUUUUGUGUGAGAGAAAGGUACUGUUCCAAAAAAGGUUCUACAGAAGAAUUGAGGAACUUUGCCUAAAGCUCUUGUUGAUACGAUUGUUGAGAAGGACAUUGUUUUAGCUAUGUUGUUAUAUCUGUAAAUAUAGUACAGAUGUGUUUUGGAGGAGUUAUCAAAUAAGCAAAAAAGUUUGUUCAAAACAUUGAAGUGUUAUUACAAAGGUAAUAAAUGUAUGCAGUAAGAUGUU